CGUGUGUUAAGAAGGAUAUCUGUGUAGUUCGUGAUUUUAGCACAUAAAAUGUGUGAGACGUUUCGCUCAAGGUUUCAUAUGGACACAAAAUGAUUUUAAAGAUUUCAAUAAUCUACAUAUUUCAUUUAGGUUUAUCACAAAGCACCCACCUAAAUCUCAAUGAAUCGUUCUGUCUUACCGGGUAUAUGACUGACCUGCAGUCCUGGGUCACAAAGGAUGGCCAAUUGACAGUCAAUGACUCAUAUACAGUAGACUUAUCAGAAGUACAAAAUGUUGCCGCUAUUAUGGAGGAAUAUAUGGAGAACUCUGGCAGACGGAAACAUGUGGAAAAGAUAAAGUAUCUGAGUAUAGCCAAGUCUCGUUUACAACGAGUUCCUCAGAUUUUUACCUUUCGAGGUAACUUACAAAACACCAUAUCGGAGACUUUAGAAUACGUCACAUUCUAUGGAAAUGCAUUUGGAAUAAUACGGGAGACAGGUGCUUACGAGUCGUCCAUUAACGCUACAAAUGCAAAAGAAUUGUCUCCAGGACUAGCUAGCAAUGCAAGAAAACACGCAUGGUCCUUCGGCCUAAGGAAUGUGACAUUUAGGAGAUUACGCCAGUUAGACCUGAGAGCAUGUAAAAUUGAUACACUGGACGCGUUCACAUUCAAAGGAAUGCCAUCUUUAACACAUUUGUAUUUAGGAGAAAAUAAGAUAACGUUUAUUGAUGCAAAUGCCUUCGUUGGCCUCAGCAGUAUAAUUCAUAUUGAUUUAAGUAGAAAUACAUAUACCGAUAAGAAUGAUCCAGUCAAAGCUCUUACAUUUGAAUCUAUGGAUACUUUUGCUCACUUGAACCUGAUUUCGCUAGAUCUUUCGUUUACUCCUUUAAGCACAAGAAAUAUUCCAUUAUUAAGCCGACUUGGUAAUAAAUUGGUGAGUUUAUCCAUAUGUUAUACAGAAAUAUUCAAACUGCGACCAAAGCCUUUCGGUAGUUCACCACUCAAAUAUUUAGAUAUUUCCGGCAACAGUGAUGUCUUAUCAGAUAAUGAAACUUUAAAAGGAUUAGAAGAUACACUGCGAGUGCUAUAUGCACAUUCAACCCUUUUGAGAUCGCUGCACGUUUUCAAAGGUUUUACAAAAUUGGAAAUUCUGAAAGUUUCGCACAACGAAAUAACCGAUUUUCCAAUAAUCACAAUGGAGACAUUAAGAAAUUUGCAAGUACUGGAUCUGGGUCAUAAUAGAAUUUCCUCUUGGUUUUCCCCUGUUAUUUCAAGUAUUCCUCGUUUAAAACUCCUGUCUUUGGAGAAAAACAAUUUGAACAUGAUAUCUGAUCUAAUGUUAUCCGAUAUGAGCAAUGUAAACUACCUGUCCUUAUCCAGAAACUCGAUGAUUUGUAAUUGCCUUUCAAGAGAGAUAUAUGAAAUUGCAUAUCAGAAUGAGUUGAAAACGACGCCAAUUCAGCUCGAACAAAUGCCAAAUGAAAGUACCAUUUUCCACGUCGGCUAUUUAGAAUACAACAAUCUAAUCACGAAUAGAAAGAAUCUAACAUCUCCGUGCCUUAAAAUGGAUAACGAAGACGCAAUGGCAAAUUGUUCCAAGGGGCUACCGAUAAAUACUAAUGGAAGUUACUUGUUUUUGGAUUACGACAAAGAUGCAUAUAGCUGUUUAUAUUUCCACACAGGAAAUAAAACUUAUUUGAGUCAAGUACCUACGUGUCCAGAGGACAUGAGGGACAUGCCCGAUGAUUUGACAGUGGCAACCAAAAGCAAUAGCAUGCUUCUUUUAAUAUUAUUGAUAAUCCUACCAAUUUUAGGGUUCAUCUAUAUUUUUAGACGUAAUUUUAGGUACUUCUUGAUAACAAUAAGGAAUUCGGCUAUGUUGAGCUUAAUCAGUGACAAGGAUGUUAAUUAUGACGAGAACAAACUAUUCAAUUACGACGUGUUUGUAUCGUAUUGCAAUGAAGACAGGGCCUGGGUUCUGGACCAUUUGCUGCCUCACGUGGAGAUUGACUGCAAUAUAAGCGUGUGUUUACACGAGAGAGAUUUUCAGGUCGGACUCUCAAUAUUAGAGAACAUAGUAUCGUGUAUGGAUAGAUCCCGGUCUAUAAUGCUAAUCAUAUCUAGACGGUUUCUACUUAGCCAGUGGUGUCAGUUUGAAAUGCAUUUAGCUCAACAUAGACUGUUAGAGACGAGAAGAGAAGAUCUAAUUCUAAUUCUUAUAGAAGACAUUCCACGUCGCCUACGCCCAAAUACACUACACUUCUUAAUGCUGACUAAGACCUACAUCGUCUGGCCGAAAGAAGAAUCAGAGAAGAAGGAGUUUUGGAAGAGAAUGAAGCGGUCCCUAGUCACUCAGAAGUUGAAAAACGUUGAGAACCAUUCUUUAGCUUAAGUAUAUUUAAGAUAUAAGGCUAGCUUAUUUAGUUUUUCAUCUUUUAGUCACGAUCGCUUGGUGCUGGAAACUAUUUGGCAUAGUGUAAUAUGUUCACUGGCAUCACUUUAAUGUAUACCUCUUAAUGACAUAACCUCAAUACAUUCUGCAGCUGUCAUGUGAUGACAUUUUAUUAGAUAACAAAUCUAUAUUAGAUGUUUUUUAGUUUGGGCUGGGCCUGAUUUAGGCGAGGGCAACCGAGACCACAGCCAGGGGCCUCCACAAAAGAGGAAACAAUAGAAAAUGUUUUAAACGCCGACUAGUAAACACUAGUACACCCAACUUCUUUUGAUAUACAUAUUUUUAUGUUUGUAAAAACUAAAAGAAUCUGCUUGGUUUUACAUUAUUGUCUGGAAAACUCGACUGAUAAAAAUGGUUCAUUUUAUAUGGAAAAUUAUUUGGGGCCACGGGGUCUCCACUCCUCUAAAUCUGGCCCUGAGUUUAGGCAGGAUGAUUAUUAAAAAAAAUUUGGCAGUAAGCACGGCCAAUAUUGAUUGCAUUUUGUAGAUAAAUUACUACUAGUUAAGUGGUUUAUCAACAAAUAUCCUGAAAUUUCUUUAAACUUACGAGCUGUCAAAAUAAUUCCUCCCUUCAUUUGUUUUGGUUGAGGUGGCGUCGUCAGUAGAUCCAAAUUUAGAACGCCGUUGCAAAUUCUGAAAUGUCAUAAUUGAGGUAAACUGCGAAAAUAUUGAUAGAUUUAAAUUUUGAAUAUAGUUAGAAUAUUCUUCGAGAGGGUUAGGGAUUACUGCGGAUUCAACACGGGGUUAGAUAUAAUAGAAAUUAUGUGAGUGCAAGAAUUGCGCGCACCGGCGUGUCUUAGUACAAAGAGCUUAAAGCAAUUCCAGUUUAACUUCUUAAACAUAAGUAAAACGAAUGUCUUUAUCCUAUGUCCUGCAUAGAGUAAUGUAUACUUAUUUUAAAAAUAUCAUAUUUUAUAGAUGAUGGUUUACUUCAGCGAGUACGCAUUGGGCGCUCGGCGUUCGAUGCGCGUAGGUACGAUACAUACACCGCGUUUUGCAGGCGCUCGACGAGCGUUAGAAUUACGUUUUACUAUAUGUAAAUCUUUAAUAAUUGGAACAUUCCAUAUCCCAAAUAGUUGGUCGCUUUUGAAUUGAUAAAGAAAUUCGUAUCAAAACGAUCUUUCACAAUUUUUAUCGACGUGCGUCCACUCUUUAAGAAAACGCGCGUUCGAAUGUACAAAAAAAUUAACAGCCUAGUCUCUUAACUAAACAGCGCUGUUUAACUAGCUGUUUGACUAACGGUCUGAAAGAUACUCAGCCAGUUGCGGCUGGCGUCGAAAGUCUAUAUAAAUAUUUUAUGUCAGAUGUUUCAUUUUUGAUAUUACUGUCACAUGGUCACUCUAUCGUACGAACGGACAAAGUAACAGACUGGCUGUUUAUUAAAGUAGUAACAAACGCUACGGCUGAAUAUCUGUCAGGCCGUUAGUUAAAACGGCGCUGUUUAGUUAAGAGGCUAGGCUAUUAAUUGACCGGCUAAUUAAGCUAGUUGGCUGCGACAUGUACACUCUAAUCAGUCCUCGUAGUUGUUACAACGCGCGUUACCAAAGCGCGCGCUUUAUAAAGCCUAAUAUGUACUCGCUCUUAGACACAAUAUAUAAAAUACAAACCUAUAUUUCCUCAAAUUAAUUUCGCCCGUUCUUGUACGCGUCAUGCACGUCUUUAGGUAUUUAGCAAAG